GUCGCCCACCAACAAACUCCCAACAGAGUCACUGGAGACGGAUCCGAACACCACAAUGGCCUCCCUCGAGCAGCCACCUCCCGCUUCGGUCCACGUCGACGCCACCGGCGCCUCCUCCUCUUCCCCAACCCCGCCGCACCCCCGCCGCAUCCCCUCGUGGCGCCACUCCCGGAGGCUCCGCAUCGAGAUCGACCUCCACCUGCCGCGGUGCGGUCUCCGCCCCAGCAAGGUCCUGAUCCACUCCUUCUGGAUCUCCCUUGUUGGUCUCUUCCUCAUCCGCCUCGCCACCGCCGUCACGACGGCCACCGAAGUCAGGGUCUUCUCCAUCGCUGGCGCCGUCGCCGCCUUCCUCCCCUGGCUCCUCCUCUUUCUCUCCUCCGCCGCCAUCACCGUCCUCCUCGAGACCGGCGUCUGCGACCUCACCUGGAUCUUCUCCGGCUCGGGGGGCGGUCCGCCAGGAGGGGAGCCUCCCCUCGUUUCCGGCCAUGGCGACGACGAUCGGGACGGCGAGGGCAUUGGCGGAGGCGAAGCUAGCUAUGCGAUCGUGUCAUCUACCAUGGUGACCGACGCGUCGACGUUCUCCACUACGCAAAGAGAGCCAAGCCUCGUGGGCAUCGGCGGAGGCGAAGCGAGCUAUGGGAUUGUGCCGUGUACCAUGGGGACCGACGCGUCGACGUCCUCCACUACGCAAAGAGAGCCAAGCCAAGUCUCCUGCCAAUGUGACGGGGACCGCGACGACGAGGGCGAGGGCAGCGGCGGAGGCGAAGCGAGAUAUGGGAUUGUUUCGUAUACCACAGGGACCGAGGCGUCGUCGUCCUCCGGUACGCGAAGCGAGCCGCGGCUCGUCUCCGGUCCGGGCGACGAGGACUGUGACGACGAGGGCGAGGGCAGCGGCGGAGGCGAAGCGAGCUAUGGGAUUAGCUCCUCUACCGCGGGGAGCGAGGCAUCAACCUCUUCCGCGACGCCUCCAGCGGUGCUGCCAGAGUCCGUGGAGUCGGCGCCGCCGGUCUGAUCCCUUGCGCCAGCGAGCUCUGUGAGACUUGUCUCCAAUUUUUUUUUUGGUUUUUAAUCGCUUCAAUAAUAUAAUUUUUAAUUAUUCUUCAUUGGCAUUUCUACUUGCCACGUCUAUAUUUUUAUAGGAGAUUUAUGCAUUAGAACAUUUCGUUAAA